AGUCUAUGAAUAUAUGGAUUUAUAACCUUCUCUUGUAUGAAUAUUUAUAUUAAUAAGUAAACUAUUGAGUAGAGCAAACAAACAAAAUUACCCAGUAACAAUAAAACAUAUGCAGUUGAAAACCCAAACAUAUGGAAAAUUAUAUGUAUACAUGUUGUAAGCAAUGAUGCAUUGUUGAGCAAAUGGAGUGGAGUGUAGUGGUGUGCAGUGCUAUUACGUUAUGGUGUGGUGGGGUGUAGUGGUAUGGUCAUAACCCAAACGCCGGCAUAAGUCAUUGAGAAUUUCUGCUUACAAGUGUAUACUGCAAUAAACUGGUGCAGUUGCUAAGAUAAAAUAUAAACGUUUUUGAUUGCUCUAAGUGAUAACAAAUAGUUUUGAUAAAGUUUGUGAGUAAAAAUGCGUAUAUUCUCAAUUUGUUGUUGAAGCAGAGUGCUGAAGCUACACGCCAGCGAGCUUGCACACAUCUCCAUAAAUUGUAAAAUUCCACCAUAACUGUGUAUAUAAAAUAAAAAAUAAAUAAACAAAAUUAAAAACCUACGAGGCUUCCCUCCAUUAACGACGCACAAGCAAGUGACUCGUUCCACAACAAACACCACCGAUAGCACAAAGACGCAGAGAGAGAGAGAGAGAGAGAGAGAGAGAGAGAGAUUGGCAAAGAAAGAGAAAUAGAGAGUGGGCGCAGAGACACCGAAAAAAAAGCAUUCACUAGCGCCACAACCAACUCGCAACAAUGGGCGCUAAUACCGUCCUACAACAGCGCCUGCGUGGCAGUGGUUGCUACAUGUCCUUGGCAUGUUCCAUUGGCUCAAUGGGAUUGGCCUGUGGCAGCCUGUUGCAGAUACCCAACAUAACAGAUCGCAUUUCACUGCAGCGUGGCCUCUUCCUCACCUCAUUAGGUUUCAUCUACUUCGUGUCGUUGACCGACUUUUGCAAUAAGUACCUGUUGAAUACGAAGCAUGGCUUGCAAUUUCGUAAAAAGUAUCGCCUUAUGAUGUCCGACGUGCUGGAGAUUACGAAUAAAAUCGUCUCCGCCAUACAGGCCGCAUUCUCCUUCCUGGUCGGCUUCAUUGUAUGCAAAUCGACAUGCAGCAAAUCCUUCGUCUACGCUUCACAUUUCCUAAUGGAAGCCUAUGGUUGGUUCGGUACCGCUUACUUUAUGUAUGACAUUUGGUCGAUGUAUAAAGUGCAUACUCAAAAAAUUGCUGACAAAUUGAAACUGAUGCGCUUGAAUGCCGCGACCGCAGGUGCUAAUUCAACGAAUGGCGUCAAUAUUAUCAAUGGCCAUGCACAAAAGCACAGUGCCAAUGGUGGUGGUGGCGGCGGCGGCGGCGGCGGCAGUGACAGUGGUGAUGAUGAUAAUUCACCGUUGCGUGUGUCCGCUGAGCAACGUGAAAAUGAUGAUAUCUACGAUUACGAUGGAGAAUGUGUGCAAAUACCAAAGGAUGGCAAAUGGGAUUUCAUCAAAUAUGUGAUUACGCAUCCAGUGAUGAUGAUUCAUCAUGUCUUCAUUGGCACUUUUGGUUUGCUGGUUGUGACGUACAUACGCGGCGGCGGCCAUUGCAUUUACAGUUACAUGUUCAUGAUGGAAUUCUCUACACCCUUUGUUUCGAUGCGCAGCAUAUUGAGCACCAUGCGCUUGAAAGACUCACGUGCUUAUAUUAUAAAUGGUUUGCUAAUGUUGGGCUCCUUCUUCGUAUUUCGUGUCGUUAUGUGGCCAUAUGUGAUGUACCGUUAUAGCGUGGCCAUAAAUGUGAGCUUCUGGCAGGCCAUGACCACUUUGCCUCGCGGUUGCAUUAUAAGUAUUAUGAUACUCUUUUUACCACAAUUAUAUUGGUUCUUUUUGAUGGUUAAAGGUGCUGUUAAGGUUUUCACUGCGCCCAAACAACAAGCUGCUGCACCGAAAUUACACCGGCAAUCGAAAAAUAAUAAUUUAUCGCCGGUAACACCAAAUGCCGAACAUGAUUUCGGUCAAAUUUAUGAAAAUCAGCCAACCAGCGCAGACAAGCAAAUCAGAACAGCAAAUUAGCUACAAGUAUCAGAUAGUGAUGGUAAUUAAUUAGUUUAGAAAAUCAGUGGAAAUUUAUUAGGAGCAAAAGCAAGCAGUUUAACUCAAGGAUAUAGCGCAAAAAAUAAUGUUAUGAGACAUACAUAGAUAUUCCUAAAUGUCGCAGCGCUCUAGGCCACAAACUACAAUAUAUAAAUACUAUUUAGAUACAUACAUAAAUAGGCUGCUUUGCUGUGCAAUUCAGUUAUAUAAUUUAACUUUGUGAUUAAUUUAUACUUACAUAGUAUACUAUAUACACAACAGACAUACAUAAAUUGUAUGGCACAAUUUACUAAAUAUUUAACAAUUUGUGAAAAAUUGAAUUAAGCGUUGAAUCAUUUUCAAUUAAACAUUAUUGCAUUUCAAUUGUCUUCUAUUAUGAUAAAUAGCUUUUACUUAUGCGCAACAAAUUAACAUUCUAAGUAAAGUUAACAUAUAAUUUUUUAUAAAAAGUAACCGUUUAACUUACGAACGUAGCUGUGAAUCUACAAUAUUGAAAUUACAUACAUUUGUAUGUACACGUAUGUACCGUGUACUCGUAUCAUUUGCAGCACUUGUCUUCUACUAAACAUACAUACAAACAGGCUCGCAUGUUCAUGUGUGUAUAUUGUAUAAAAAGCUAAUUAUUUUAGCAUUACGUAUAUAAUUAAUUUAAAAUAUAAUGAAAUUACUUUAAAAGUGCGAGGUGUAAUGCAGAACUUUCUGUGCACAAAAGCAAAUCAAUUUGUAUAUGUAUAACAGAGAACAAAUAACAAAUAGCUUAUAUUAACGAUAAUUUAUGUAUAAAAACAAAACUAAUGAAUUCAGUACAACUAAUUCUUUCUUAUCUCUUGUAAUAAUUCUCUUUCCCCUUGAGUUCAUUCAACUUAUAUAAUUUACGACAUAGUAUUGUUUAAUAAUAAAAUUGGUAUGCAUAACUUGCCCACAUACCAAAUAAUGAACACGUUUUUAUUUAUAAUAGAUGUGUAUAUGUAAAAACUUUCAAAUUCAUAAGCAUUUAAAGAGCUUACAAGAAGAAAACAAAACAAUUAAAGAAAAUCUAAUGCAUACUGUAAAACAUUCAAAUUCUCGCAUUUUUUGCUGUACUCCAUAGUGAUGCAUUUUAAUAAAAAUAUAUAUAUAUGUAUAUAGAAAAUGUAAAAUGUUUUCUAGUUGUGAAAAAAAUGCAAAGUAUACAAGAAAUAUGUUUAUGUAUGUGUAAAAGUAUAUGACACAUUUAAUUGUGCUUAAAUUGUUAUCACAUGUGUGCAGAAAUGUGGAAAAAAUAAAGAAGUCUACAAAUUGUGUGGCAA